AUUCUCACUACUCUCAACCCUUCCCAGGAGCCUGAUCCUUUGCAAACUCUGCAAAUUUCUUCUUCUGUUCCAAAUUCAUCCUCUGUCUUCGGCAACCUCUUUCAUCUUUUCCACCAUCAAACUCUCCCACUGUUUUAUCCUUCUUCUUUUUUCUUGUUAAAUCUUCUAGUUCCUGUUUGCUCAAACAAAAGAAGUAGUAAAGCCAAGUCUAAGAGAACUUGUUCUACGCAAUGGAAGUCCUGUCUAUAGUAGGAGGAGCACUGUUAUCUGCUGCUUUCCAGUUGCUGUUCCAGAAGUUGGAUGAAAGUAUUAAAUCCCACAACUUACAACAAGAAGAGGUCCUUGAUGAGCUGAAAAGGUGGAAAUUGCUUUUUCCACAAAUCCUUGCUCUACUCAAAGAUGCUGAAGAGAAGCAAAUAACUGACAGCUCCGUGAAGAUAUGGCUUGAUGAUCUCAGGGACUUGGCUUAUGAUAUGGAGGACAUUCUUGAUGGAUUCCAGGCUGAUGCGCAGAGGAGAACCCUGACAACAAAAUCUCACCAAGCCAGCACAAGCAAAGUCAUCCGUAGAUUCCUUCCUUAUUUCAAGCACAAUGAAUCAGCAUUUGACUCUGUCACCAUUUCUAAGGUAAAGGAGAUUGCUCAGAGAUUGAAAAGCAUGGUGGAUCGCUCGACGACCCUUAGCCUAGUGAGUUCCAGAAUGCAAGUAAGAGAGGGGACUGCUGGAGCAGCUGCAAGAAGGGUACCCACCACUCCUCAACUUGAAUCUGAUGUUUAUGGUCGAGAUAAUGAUAAAGAGGCUAUUCUUCAGAAGUUGCUCAAUGACGAAGGCAAUUCUAGAGGAGAGGUAUUUUGCGUUCUUCCCAUUGUUGGAAUGGGAGGUGUUGGCAAGACUACCCUGGCUCGAUUGGUUUACAAGGAGGUGGAGCAAGGAAGAUUUAAUCCCCAAGCCUGGGUUUGCGUCUCUGAUCAAUUUGAUGUUAUGAGCAUCACAAGAAACAUUCUAGAGGAAUUAACAAAGGGAAGGUGUGACUUGAACAAUUUGAAUUUGCUGCAAGAAAAAUUGAAAGGAGAGUUAUCUGGCAAGAAAUUUUUACUUGUACUAGAUGACGUUUGGAAUGAGGAGUGCAAUCUAUGGGAUAACUUAAAAAUCCCUUUCAAAUCAGGAGCACCAGGAAGCAAAAUAAUAGUGACAACUCGUAACAUGCGUGUUGCAGAAAUCAUGGGUGGGAAGAAUAGUGUUCACUGCCUAAAAGUGCUAGAGAAUGAUGACUGCUUGUCAAUAUUAGCUCAAGAUGCACUGGGAGUAGAGAACUUUGAUGCACACCCAAAUUUGAAAAAUGUUGGUCAGGAAAUAGUUAAAAAGUGCAAAGGGCUUCCCUUGGUUGCAAAAAUUCUCGGGGGCCUCUUACGUGAUAGAGAAGACCUUGAAGAUUGGAAAUACAUAUUAAACAGUAAGAUAUGGAAUCUACAAGGAAUCCAAAGCAGCACUCUUCCAGCUGGUUUGAUGUUGAGCUACCAUCAUCUUCCUUCUCAUUUGAAGCAAUGUUUUGCCUAUUGUGCAAUGUUUCCAAAGGAUCACCAAUUUAACAAAGAUGAGUUAAUCUUCUUGUGGAUGGCAGAUGGGCUUUUGAAACAGCAAUCAGGAGAUAAAAAUCAAAUGGAAGAUAUUGGUCAUCAAUACUUCUCUGAGUUACUUUCAAGAGCUUUCUUUCAACACUCAAGCAAGGAUGCAUCGAGGUAUGUAAUGCAUGACCUCAUACAUGAUUUAGCUCAAUAUGUUGCUGGAGAAACAUGUUGCAAUCUUGAAAAUAUGUUGGAAGCAAAGAAAGAAGUAAAUGCUGAAAAGGUCCGUCAUUUAUCAUUUUAUUGUAAAGAGCUAGAUAUCUCUAAGAGAUUUGAAGUUUUGAAUAAAAUGAAGGGUUUGAGAUCCUUCAUUCCUAUUUAUUCAUCAGCAUUAGUAGGAUUAAAUGGAAAUAAUCUAUCAAAUACAGUGGUGCAUGAUUGGUUAGUGAAGUUAACAUGCUUGAGGGCAUUGUCUCUUGGAAGUUAUAACAUAAGAAAGCUCCCGGAUUCAAUUGGAGAUUGGAAGUGUUUGCGAUACCUUAAUUUGUCUGAAACUGCCAUAGAAACCUUACCUGAAUCCAUAGGUUUCCUUCAGUCCUUACAUACAUUGCUUUUACAAAAUUGUGAGAAGUUCACUAAAUUUCCUGCAACAAUUGGGAACUUGAAUGACCUUCAAUAUCUUGAUAUUUCUAAUACACCGUCUUUAAAAGAUAUGCCGCAGGAAAUAGCUAAUCUCAAAAAUCUUUUGAUAUUGCCCAAAUUCAUAGUAGGGAAAACAAAUGGACUGAGAUUAAGUGAUGUGAAGAACUUGUUACAUCUUCGAGGGUAUCUAUCUAUUUUAGACCUACAAAAUGUUUCUGACAAUUUAGAUGCCAGACAAUCCAACUUACACAUGAUUGAAGCUUUAGAUGAGUUGGUGCUAGCAUGGACUUCUGACUUUGAUGAUUCAAGAGAGGGAAGUGAUAUUGAAGCGAAAGUGCUCAGCUCCUUAAGACCUCAUCAAAAUUUGAAAAAGGUGACAAUUAAUUGCUAUGGUGAUGGUAUGAUGAUGAGGGCAGAUGGAAGCAACAACAUGGUGAGACUUGAAGAGUUGAGAAUUGAGAAUUGUCCCUGUCUAAAGCGUUUUCCAAGAGGGAAGUUAUCUGCCACGUGUCGACUCUUAGAGAUAAAAGGUUGUGCCAGAGUACAGUCUUUACCGGAGGGAGUAUUGGUGCAAGAAGAUGAUGGUGGCAGCAGCAACAAUAUUGAAAAUUUGAAAGUCAUAGGACUUCCAAAUUUAAAUUUUAUUCCCAGUGACGAUCGAUUACCAGCUGCUCUUAAGAAAUUUGGAAUUAGAAAGUGCCCCAGGUUGGAAUCAAUUUCAGAGAGGAUGCUGCAACAUUGUACAAGACUUGAAGGCAUGAGUAUUUCGGAUUGUGUAAAUUUGAAAAGCUUAUCCUUCGGCGGCCUCAGCAAUCUCACUCGUUUAUACAUUACAGGAUGUGAUGCUUUAGAGUCCUUCCAGGAGAUGCCGGAGUUGAGCUUAUCCAUCCCCAAUAUUAAAUAUUUUAUAAUUUUUAAUUGUGAGAAUCUCAAGUCCUUGCCAAAUAAGAUGGACAACCUCACAUCGCUUCAAAUCUUGUGUAUAGAAAGGUGUCCAGGCAUCAAGUCAAUUCCUGAAGGGGGUUUGCCCCCAAGCCUAACUUAUCUUUCAAUUGCUUGUGAGAAUCUGAAGCAGCCUAUGCGAGAAUGGGGCCUCCACACCCUCACUUCUCUUCUCCUCUUCUCCAUUGCUCAUAUAUGUCCUCCAAAGAAUGUGCUUCCUUCUUCUUUACCCAUGCUUUGGAUAAAAGACGUUCAGAAUCUGAAAUCCAUACCCAAAGGCCUUCUCCGAAACCUUAACUCUCUCACAGGGUUAUGGAUCUCGAAGUGCCCAAAGCUACGAUCCUUGCCAAGAAAAGGCCUGCCUCCAUUGCUUGGACUACUCUGGAUCUCAGAGUGUCCGCGUCUAAAAAGAGAGAGUUUUCAGGAGAAAGGGGAGUAUUGGCACCUCAUAGCUCACAUUCCUCAAGUUUCGUACAUGGAGGAUAUGCCGCAAUUUGUAGAAUAUCCUUCUGUUAUUGAAAUUUUGGUUUCCCUCCUUGAUUGAAUUGAGUGCUUCAGGUACGUUGGGUUUAUACCUUGAAUUUUGACCACCUUCAAAAUUUUCAAACUUGAAUCUCUAUUUUUUCUAGUGAUAUUCAUUCACAAAGGUUGUCCAAAUCUGGAGAUGAACUUGAAGUAGAAGACAAUGCUAAGCCAAGAAACCAUAUUAUGUCAUGUUAUGAGCAGGCCGAUGGUUUAUUUAGGUACCAAAUAAUUCCUUUUUCAGGUC